UUAUCUUCUUCUGAUUACUCAUUCUCUCUCUCCUCCUUCCAAAAACCCAAGAUUGCAAAUUUCACAGCAAAAACCUUGUCGUUGGAGGGAAGUUCUCAAAUAUUUUCUUUUGAGUGGAAUUCUUGAAUUUAACAAACAGAUAAGGAGAAAAUAAAAAGAAAAUACCCGUCCAAAGCAAGAAACAAAAUAAACGUCGUAUCUAAACCCUAACCCUCGAUUACGAUUUACAACUUUCUUUAGAUUCGUUCAUUUCAGCUUUCCAUCUGAUAAUUUAACGAAUUAUCACACAAAUUUCCGAUUUUCCAGCAUCAAAUUACCGAGGUAACUGAUAAGAACAGUGAGAGAAAAAGAUUGCGCGCAAAUAAAACUUUUUUCGACGAAACCGGAAUCUUGGAUCUUCCGAUAAUUUGGAGAUAGAAUGUCAGCAUAUGACAAUGUAGUUGGUGGUAAGCUGAAACUGAAAGGAAAAGCCUUGGAUGUGAAGAGUGGAGGUGUAAAGAAGAAGAAGAAACAAAAGAAACAGUUUGAUGAAGUUUCAGAAACAAAAGAAGAGGAGAAGUUUGAUGGUGAAAAUUUAGAAUCAUCAACUCUUGCUAAUGAAGAAGACAACAACAAUGAAUCAGACAAGUCAAGUAGGAAAGGGAAGGCCCCAAACUUUGCUGAUCAUCUGACACCAGCUGAAAAACGAUACAUAGAGCAGAGAGAGCAGCUUGAUGUCCAUAAGUAUGCAAAAAUGUCCAAGAAUUCUCACCGUGAUCGUCUAGAUGAUUUCAAUCAGUACCUAGCCGACUUAAGUGAGCAUUAUGACAUUCCAAAAGUUGGCCCUGGCUAAGGUCAAGUAACCUUAAGACUCUCACAGCAGUUAAUUGUUGAGUCUUUGUACACUUGUCAGUUAAUCUUUUCAGAUUUCUGGUCACGAAGGUAUUGCGUUUCUUUCAGGAAUCCGAAUUCACAAUUGUCCUAUAACCCGAGCUUGUAGGUUUGUACCAUAUCUUGUCAGGAAUUCUACUCCUGUUAUUACUCUCAUUAUUCUACUGUAAUACUGUAUCGUUAUUCUAUGGAUAUGAGACCAUGAUCCAGAACCAGAACCAUUAGAAAUUUCGAACAUACAGCUAAAAACUUUGAUCAAAUUAGUUCCAUUGUUAGGUGUUUCGGAACAUUGCAUUGCAUCUUGGAUGAUCUUAGGAUUUCUGUUCCCAUAUGCGCAAGAACUACGGGUGAUGGAUAUGAGGCUUUUCAACUUAGGAUUUGCCAUGAUUUACAUUAUUUUGUUUGUAAGGGAAGGGUAAUGUGUAAACAAAGUUCUAUAUUUAGGGUUUGAAGAUCUCUAAAAUUAGUUUGCAGACUUGUAGUA